GCUGUUUUCACCGGAAGUGCCUUCCGUCCUCGUGGGUCCGCGCGGACGCCGUUUCCUUACCUCAUUUGUCUUCGCCCCUCCCCGUCCCUCUACGCGUUUUGGUUCCUGGUUGGUGCUUCCUGGUCGCAGCCGCGGCACAUCAAGGUUUACUGACUUUCCAUGAUGUUUGGUGGUUAUGAGACCAUAGAAGCGUAUGAAGAUGAGCUUUAUCGUGAAGAGUCAUCUAGUGAACUGAGUGUUGAUAGUGAGGUGGAAUUUCAGCUCUACAGCCAAGUUCAUUAUGCCCAAGAUCUUGAUAAUGUCAUCAGGGAGGAAGAACAUGAAGAGAGGAACUCUGGAAAUUCUGAAUCAUUCAGUAGUAAACCAAAUCAAAAGAAUUUAAUUGUCCUUUCAGAUAGUGAGGUCAUCCAACUGUCAGAUGGGUCAGAGGUCAUCACACUCUCUGAUGAAGAUAGUAUUUAUAGAUGUGAAAGAAAGAAUUUUAGAGUCCAUGCAAAAGAAAAGACCCAAGGUUCUCCUGCUUCUGUUCAUUCUAAUGAUUUAGCAGAUAAGAAGUGCAAGAGGGAUAUUGAGAAGUCUAAACCUGGAGAGAGAUCAGGUACAAUCCAGGAGGUCAUGAUUAUAGAAGUCAGUUCAAGUGAAGAGGAAGAGAGCACCAUUUCAGAAAGUGAUAAUGUGGAAAGCUGGAUGCUGCUGGGAUGUGAAGUUGAUGAUAAAGAUGACGAUAUCCUUCUCAAUCUUGUGGGAUGUGAAAAGUCUGUUAAUGAAGGAGAAGAUGAUGUGAACUGGUUCAUCAGUGACAAAGACAUUGAGGCACAGAUAGGUAAUAGAAGAUCAUCUGGAAGAUGGACCCAUCGAUACUAUACAGCCAACAAAAAUGUUACCUGUAGAAAUUGUGACAAAUGUGGCCAUUUGUCAAAAAACUGCCCCCUCCCACAAAAAGUCCGCCCCUGCUGCCUCUGUUCUGAGAGAGGGCACCUCCAGUAUGCCUGUCCGGCCCGCUUCUGCUUAGGCUGUUCGUUGCCUAUGUCUUCCACUCACAGAUGUCUUGAAAGAGCUUCCUGGAGAAAACGCUGUGACCGAUGUGAUAUGAUAGGCCACUAUGCUGAUGCUUGCCCAGAAAUCUGGAGGCAGUAUCACCUAACGACCAAACCUGGACCACCCAAAAAGCCAAAGACCCCUUCUGGACAAUCAACCUUAGUGUAUUGCUACAACUGUGGGCAAGAAGGCCAUUAUGGACAUGAAUGUACAGAAAGACGAAUGUUUAACCAGACCUUUCCAACAUCUCCAUUCAUCUAUUACUAUGAUGACAAAUACGAAAUCCGGGAGAGAGAUCAGAGAAUAAAACGAAAAGUGAAAGAACUCCAGAAAAAUGGGGACUUGCCAAGGAAGUUCAAGAAGCCUCAUAUGGAAGCAGCAGAUAAGAGGCCCCGUGACAUGAGAACAAGCCAUGCCUCAUGGAAAAGCAACAGGUGGCCUCAAGAAAAGAAAGAAGCCCAAAAAGAAACCGUGAGCAGGAACAUGAGAGAGCGUGAGAAGCACAGAAAGGCUGCCAGGUGUCACGAAGACGAUGAGGACUUCCCCAGGGGCCCGAAAGUCCACUGUGCUCCUGGCACUUCCAGAACCCAGAAGCCUCACAAGCCCUUUCACCACUCAUCACAUCACCUCAAGCCAAGAGAAGACAGGCUGCCCAAGGAGGGCAAGCGGGGCAAGCAUAAGAAAAAGGAGAGCUGUUUGGAGGAGGAUAGCAAUGAUAAUUUGUUUCUCAUUAAGCAGAGGAAAAAAAAAUCUAAGCUAUGAGUCAGCUUCUGAUUGGGCUUCCCAGUGUUUGUCUGUUCUUCAUGUCUACAGCAUCCUGUCCGUAUUUUUAUUAUCUGUGAUUAAAUAAAAUGAGAUUUUUGCUUUUGUUUCUGUAAUCUCAGCCACAUCUAGAGCUAUUGAACAAAGUCCUUGAAGAUCUCAAUUCUCUAUGUUCAACAGGUUCCUAGGUAAGAAAACAGAUAAACUUCGACUUCCCCUGUUCCCAGAUGUUAUUUUUAUUCACUCAGUAUCCUCAGUUCAGUUCAGUCGCGCAGUCUUGUCCGACUCUUUGCGACCCCAUGAAUCGCAGCACGCCGGACCUCCCUGUCCAUCACCAGCUCCCAGAGUCUACUCAAACCCAUGUCCAUCAAGUCGGUGAUGCCAUCCAACCAUCUCAUCCUCUGUCAUCCCCUUCUCCUCCUGCCCCCAACCCCUCCCAGCAUCAGAGUCUUUUCCAAUGAGUCAGCUCUUCACAUCAGGUGGCCAAAAUACUGGAGUUUCAGCUUCAGCAUCAGUCCUUCCAGUGAACUCCCAGGAAUGAUCUCCUUUAGGAUGGACUGAUUGGAUCUCCUUGCAGUCCAACGGACUCUCAAGAGUCUUCUCCAACACCACAGUUCAAAAGCAUCAGUUCUUCAAUGCUCAGGUUUCUUCACAGUCCAACUCUCACAUCCAUACAUGACCACUGGAAAAACCAUAGCCUUGACCAGAUGGACCUUUGUUGGCAAAGUAACGUCUCUGCCUUUCAACAUGCUAUCUAGGUUGGUCAUAACUUUCCUCCCAAGGAGUAAGCGUCUUUUAAUUUCAUGGCUGCAAUCACCCUCUGCAGUGAUUUUGGAGCCCAAAAAAAUAAAGUCAGCCACUGUUUCCACUCUUUCCCCAUCUAUUUCCCAUGAGGUGAUGGGACCAGAUGCCAUGAUCUUAGUUUUCUGAAUGUUAAGCUUUAAGCCAACUUUUUCACUCCUCGUUCACUUUCAUCAAGAGGCUUUUUGGUUCAUCUUCACUUUCUGCCAUAAGGGUUAGUAUCCUAGGGAUAGGAAAACUUAAUCUUUUUACAAAAAAGUUUUUGAAAUAUUUUGAAAAAAUAAAAGCUCAUUAAAUAUAAUUCAUCUGCAGUGUGAGUAUGAAAAUUAAGUCUUUAUAAGGAGAAAUCAGCACUAAUAUGGAAAAUCCCUCCCUCUUUUUUAGGAUUCCUUUUAAUAUUAGAAAGGAUAAUAACUAUAUAUCUAAACCUGGCUUUUCUUGCUUCUGAAGCUGGCAUCAGAAUCUUACUUCGAUCAGAGCAUCACAGGCUGAAAAUGAAGGUGUCCUCCUUGAACGCACUGAAGAGAUGGGGAAUUGGAUUUUAUAACAGAAGUAAGGAAUCCAUCCAGAGUAAAUGUUAAGGGACAGAUUUCCUGAACCAAGUGAAAAGAGUCAUCAAAAAUUUUGACCUAAUUGCAGUGAAAUCAUUUUUUACUAUUUUUGUAGCCAUGCCUGAGGGAUACUGUCCCUCAGAUAUUUAAGAUGAAUGCUACCCAACUUAAAAAGUUGUUUCCUUCUCCUUGGUUUUUUAACUACCACAGAGUUAUACAGAAAUUUUUGUAUUUGUGACCUUUUGUACUUACCAGAGCCUAAUGUUAGAAAAAUAAAAUGUCUGAAAUGUA